AUGAUGGAUGACACAACCAUUCCAGUGUCCCCAUCAUUCUUUGCCACGAUUGCUGCUGCACUACGAAUUGAUGCUACCAAUGUUGAGCACUCAAUGGAUUCUAGAUCGGAACUUGACUCCCACGCCAAUAUGAUUGUUGUUGGAUCUAAUUGUUUUGUUCUGAGUGACACUGGGCGGACUGCUUCUGUCAAUCCCUACAAUCCUGAAUAUGCUGCAAAGAGUAUCCCAAUCGUUGAUGCUGCCCUACUCUACGAGGAUCAAGUCACUGGGCAGGAAUAUAUACUUGUGGUCCGAAAUGCACUACAUGUCCCUUCUAUGACCCACAACCUGAUUCUUCCAUUUAUUCUGCGAGAAAAAGGAAUUCAAGUGAACGAUACGCCAAAGAUCCAUUUGGCCGAUCCCUCUUCUGAUGAUCAUGCAAUCAAGUUUGACGAGCAUCUACGCAUCCCAAUGAAGCUGCAUGGUACCUUCUCUUAUUUUGUCACAAGAAAACCUACAGUUGAACAGUUAAAUGAUGCUGAUCCUAAUCACGUCUACAUGAUGACACCAGAGGAGUUUGAUCCGCACAAGUCUUCCUAUGCGCAGACUGAAGAUCAUCUUAUCAAUUAUGAUGGUGAAGUUGCCGAUGCUCGGAACUGUUCCAAGCUUUUGAUUUCAGAUAUUGAAGAUGAUCCCAUGAUGACUGUGUGUGCAAUGUGGACUAUGAGAUUGGAAGAACAGACCCUUGUUGAUGAGUCCGUUCUAGAGGAGGAUGAUGCUGAUGAAGGCCUUUUGGGACAACCUUUCAAUGUCGACCUUGCCUCUAUCUCAAGUAUUCUAUGUGAGCGCACAUUGAGUCACCGUCUCUCCACUCGCCGUGAAGUUUUGUCUAUGAUGACGUCAUUGGGAUCAACACACGCCCAUGAAGAUGACACUGAUUUUCUGUUUGAGGACAUGGACAGUGAACUGGACUUUGAAGAGAUGUUGAGUGGAGAUGAUUUAU